AUGACCACCUGUGCAACGCCAGCAAACCAAGCAUAUAUGCAAACACACACUGCAGUGGCGGAAGAAGAACAAAGCUACAUCCUGACAACCGGAACCGUCAGACGCAAGACACGUCCGCCACAAAUCGAUACAUCCGACCACCACCACAUCAUGCACAUGUCUCCGAGCCCAAGACUCCGAGUCGCCUUCAAUCGCCCGACGAGCUUCCUACUCGAACCACAAACCCAUUCAUCCCGAGAACAGCAAGAUCAGCAACCGCUCCACCCCGAGCAUGUUCCAAAUAUACUCAAAGCAGAAUCUACAAAGAAUCACUCGACUGAAAUGUCACUUGACCACGAACACGAAUACGAUCACGAACCUGAGACGCCCAGCCCAAAAACAACACAUUUUGACCUCGAGUACACGAAACCAGGUCUUCAUCGCGAAACUAGUGGUUUCGAUGACGAGACUUCGCAAGCGAGACACUUUGCACGUCUAAUAUCGAGAGAUGAGAGCAGUCCGCAACGUCGACGUACACCUCAGAAAGUGGAGAUGCAGCCAGAUCAGCAGCGAGAGGGAGGAGGGAACCAUAGCUCACCGUCUACGUUGACUUUGCCCAAGAGGUAUGGGAGCGAGGAGCUGGAAGAUGAUCGGAGAGGACGGCGGAGAAGGCGGAUUGGGAGUGAGAUCGGGCUUGAUCAUGAGAUGGCCGAUGCUUGA